AUGGACUUUGCAUUUGGAGAUGCCGAGUUUGGAGACGCUUCUUUCGCAUCCUUCAGUGGCGAGAAUUCCUUUGAGGUGCCUGGGUGGCUUUCGGAUCAGCAAGAAUCCAAGGCACCCGGAGAUAGUUUGGCAACAUCCAGCGGGCGCAGGGUCAGCUUCAGCAAUGAGCCUCCUGAGUCUCGAACAUUUCCUGUCUUUGCAGAUCAAGUAGCAAAUGCCUCCAAGUCAAGGCAGGAUGCCUUGGACUCAUGGGAAGAUUUCCCUCAUGAUGAAGUAUUUGAAGCAAUGCAAGCCCCGGCCAGACAAGAACUCAGCUCAGAGAUGGAGGAUUCUGCUUACUGUAGACACUGUGGCAGAGGAGCAAACUUUUCUGCGCCCAACACCGCUGGCAGCCAACCCAAUCGAUCAACGCACGAAGUCAACGGGUUUGACAAUUACAGUGCAGGGUUUGGUGCUGCACUGGACGACCCCUUUGAUAUGCCCAAACCAAUGGAGAGGAGAUUCUCCUUCUCCCUCACCGAUAUGCCAGAUGCACAGAUCCGCUCUUUGGGCCCCCCUCACCAUGUCAUGGACCCGUACAGGGAAAACUUAGAUCUGCAAAAGUGGAAUCCAUUGAAUGGCAUCAAGCGACAUUGGGCUCCCAGCCACGCUGAAUUCCAGCAGCUUGUUGGUGGUGCUGCCACGGCUGCUUUGUCAUCCGGCACACACCCGGCAUCUUUGCAGAUGCUUGGAAGCCUCAAUGAAGCACAGAAAGCGGAACUCCGAGCCCAGGAUCUAAGGAAGAAGAUUGCUCAUUUGGAGUCAACCAUUGGAGACCACAGAGACCACAGUGGGGGCCAUGUGACCAUAACCGCUCCUUUGUGCCAUGAUGGUUUGGGCAUUGUCUUGCAUGACCUCACCGUCACUCAGAUCAUUGACCCCAUAGCUGCGCAAGCCGGUUGGGCGGUUGGCGACAGCAUUUUGAAGGUGAACGGAACAACGAUUCUACACUCUGUGCAGCUUUCUGGUGAACUUGCAAAGGCAAUGAGCGCGCAUCGGGCAGUUGGACGACCCAUGGUUGUUGAGGUGUGGAGACAUCCAGAGCAAGUGCCAGUCAGAGCAUCCCUCUCGUAUGCAAGGCCAGCCCCGCAUGGCUAUGGAUCAAGCGAGCCCAUGGCUCAUGUGGCAGCCCCCACAGUCGUCAUGGGCAACAACUACUGGACUGGUCCUAAACUUGUGUCUCCAGAGAUCUGGACAGGUCCACAGGAUGCAGCUCAGCCUAAAAGUAGCUGCGACUGCUACGUGAUGUGGCAAUCCAUCGUGCAUGCAUUCCUGGCCAAAGCUGCAGGAACAUCGCCUGAAAUUCUGAAAAGCACGGCUCGCAGAGUCCGGGUGAGCGCCCUCCAGCGAAAAGUCGCGUAUUUGGCAUUGAAAGCACAGUGGAAAUGGAACGAGGUUGAGAACAUUUGCCAGCGCUUAAGUGAAGAAUGGCAGCAACCUCCCUUGAUAGCGCUCCUGCUGCCAUCAACAGCUGGGGGAUCAGCUUGGCAAGCCUUGGAGAGUCUGUCAGAGAAAGUGGUGAUUGAAGGCUUUGCUGAGACCACAUACUGCGGAGCUGAUGUAUGUCUAUGGGUGUUGAGGUGGGCCUGCGAGAAUACAAGGACAGACCCCCCGGCCAUAACCUUGGAAAUCUUUGCUUCGUAUGUCACCGCCGCAAUGGCCAAGUUUCAUCCUCGAGACUCUGGGCCUUUCCUGUGGCCGCUGCAUGACAAAGACAUAGCGUCUGCGAUUGCAAUGUGUGAGUAUGUUGGAGGGGAUGCCCCAUGGUGGAGAAAAGUCUUAUGGGGACUGCGGAUUGUGCAGCCACCAGGCGGGACAGUGCUAGAAGAGUGCAUAUUGGAUCACUAUGGCCGGGAGGUCGGCUAUGUGUUUGCAUGGGCAAACUUGUUUACCCGCAGCUUGUGGGUGUUAACGAUCCUAUGCUUAUUCUUUUACAUUUGUGGGGCUCGAGCGCAGCUUGGGGGGUUCCAGGGCGUGCUGUGGUAUGUCAUGCAAUUCUGCAUCCUUUGCUGGGCCAUAUGUUUGAACGCUUUGGCUGGGUCAAGAAAAUCUGUGUUGAGAAGUGGCGGCGGUGGUGGUUUCACAAAUUUUCGCGCCCAGAACAAUCGCACAAAUGAAGUGCGCACGAAUGAGUCUUCUCUGCCUCCUGGUUCGGGACGACGUAGCAGAUCAGAACGCCAAGCACAAGAAGACAAGCCAACUAUGCAAGGAGCCAAAACGACAGCGCUUGAUGCUUUGCAAAGAGAAAGUUGGGUCACUACUGGGGAGCGGCCGGUUGUGACUGCAAACACGCAUACAUGGCAAGACAGGCGAAGUUCGGCCAAAGAUGCCCUUUGCCCAUCUCGACUGAUGGAGGGCGUUGAGGAGGUCCCACAGAACCGCCGUCGGGAGGCGGCCGAGAAGCUGCAGCGAGCUCUUCUCAAGGCAAAAUUCCUGGGUUGGGAAACCAAACAGCUCAAAGUCCGACGGCUGAAUCCGGAUUAUUCGGAGUGUCGUCGUCCCAAAGUUUGGGCGAUAUUUGCAUUUUUGGUGACCGUAGCUGCCAUGGUGCUCUUUUUGCUUGCGGCGGUUCUGAUUUUGUUCUUCUUCUUGAACUUGAAAUCCCAUUUGAUUUAUGUCUGGGGCGAUUGCCUGCGGCAAGGCUGCAACAAUCCAGUGCAAGUACAUGGAAUGAAAGGAUUUUUCGCGGACAUAUCUGCAGACAUUGGACUGGCAUUGGUCUUUGUCGUGUUGUUGGGGGAAGUUUGCAAAGUUCUGGCUUUGCACUUGGCCAAGCUGUGGAAUUUCAAGUACAUGCGACAGCGGCAGUACUUGCAAGCCAUGCUUUCCCUUGGCAUUGAGGUGCUGGCCAAGGUUGGUGUUUUCUCCUUGAUAGCAUUCGUUUUUCUACCUGGCUGGACUUCCGACUCUGGCAAGGACGUUUUGCCCGACGUGCGUGAGGUUUGCUCUGGCUAUGUGGACUACCAGAUUUGCAAUUGGAUGUCGAAUUGCUCGGAGGAUGAUCCAUUCUGCUGUGCUGGUUCUCUAUUGUGCGCCAAAGACCUUCUUAGAUUCGAGCAAAGACGCGACUUGUUCUACUUGUGGCUUUUUGGCCCAUUCAUUGUGUGUCCUUUUGUGGACAUGAUCCCGGCGGUGUUGGCACCCUUGAUUGCCAAGCGGCUUUCCAGAUGGGCUGAAUAUGAAGGAACACAGGCUAGCAAGCAAGGACUCUGCGGAGCUUGCUUUCGGUGCUUUUCCUGGUUUUGCUGCUGCUGCUGCGGAAAACCAUUGUCACGAUUGCUUGGUUUGAUUUUUGUGCUCGAUGCCGAGGUCACAGGCUUGCGCUAUUUAUGCCGUGGUCAAACCUUUGGCACAACUGAGCUGGACAUGUCCGAUGUCGAGGACAAUGAUUGCUGCGAGCGUUGUAUAGAUGGGCCUUUUGAGCAAGUGGUGCUCAGAGAGUUUGAUGCAUUGGAUGAACUUAAGGACCUGAAGCUGAACUUUCUGUUCGUGGUCCUUUUUGCGCCAGUCCUGCCAUGGGCCAUAAUCCCAACGCUCUUGGCGAGAGUGAUGGAGGUGCGGUUGAAAAUAACGAAACUCUUCCUGGUCCGUCGCCGCAGCUUUCCUCGAGACGCGCAUCUCAUCCAUAGUACCCAAGAGACAUUUACUGCCAUCGUGACAGCUUUCACAGUGUUCUGGUAUUUGGGGCUAUCUUUAGUCACCUUCAACAACCAGCUUCACACAUGGAAUCUGCCAGAGCUCCUACUGACCUGGUUGGGAUCUGGACUUUUGGGAUUGAUGCUGGUAAGUCUGGUGGUUCGCCUUUUGCGGAGGCGUCUUGAAUAA